AUGAGUUCUGCCCCCGAGUCGAAUCUCAGCCGUGCAGCGCGCUACGCCGUGCCAUUCGCCCUCGUCCUAAUCCCUGUGUGGAGGACAAAAGUCAACGCCGAAGUGCCCGAGCCAUACCUUGAUGAGGUCUUUCACGUCCCCCAGGCUCAGGCGUACUGGGCACACAAGUGGACACACUGGGAUCCAAAGAUAACAACUCCCCCGGGCCUAUAUCUCUGGUCAUAUUUGCUUUGCGCCAUCCUUCUUGCUCUCCGCGGCUCUCCGACGCAGCUAGAUACCGAAGCUCUCCGCACCACCAAUGUCGCCACCACUGCGGUCUUCCUACCCUUUAGACUCCAGACGCUUUCGGAUGCUAUCCAUAAAGUGCGGAAUACCCGUCCAUUGGGUGCACGGUUGAGCCACACCGUCCUGAACAUCUGCCUGUUUCCGCCACUAUUUUUUUUCUCCGGCCUAUACUAUACCGAUAUUCUUGCCCUGUUAGUUGUGGUCGAGGCCUACAAUUGGGAUUUGAAGCGGGCAUCCGGAGGUCGCUAUGCAAUUUUAUAUUCCCUCGGCUUUCUCGCUUUUGGGCUCUUGGCGCUCGUUUGUCGCCAAACAAAUAUUUUUUGGGUUUCCGCAUUUCUAGGCGGGCUACAGGUUGUCAGAAGAGUCCGUCAUUCCUCAAAGGCAUGUGAUUCUUCUGAUUACUCUGCGAUUGUGAAACGGGGUCUACAGAAUGAGAUUUAUGACCCUCUGGUUUCGGAGGCUUCUUUGGAAGAUUAUGUCAAGACUGGAAUAUCUUUUGCAGCUGCAAGCCUGAAGAACCCCUUCUUGGUUAUUGGAUCGAUCAUUCCCCACCUCAUUAUCCUUGGGGCUUUUGGUGCAUUUGUCAUUUGGAACGAUGGCGUUGUUCUAGGUCAUAAGGAGUUCCACACUGCAGGUAUUCAUCUGGCUCAGAUGCUUUAUAUCUGGCCUUAUUUUAUGUUCUUCUCCUGGCCAAUCAUUGCUGUCCCUGUUCUCAACAUUCUUCUUCCGCGGCACUUCUUACCCAAGUACCUGAACUAUGGGUUCCCCGAGAAGCAAAAGAGACUACCAGGCAUUCUGGCAACUCUGGUUGCUCUGCCUGUGAUGGUCGCCAUUGUCCAUUUUAACACCGUCGUGCACCCUUUCACGCUGGCAGAUAAUCGACACUAUGUCUUCUACGUGUUCCGUCUUCUACUUGGUGUUCACCCGGCAAUCAAAUAUAGUGCUGUUCUGGUUUACUUCCUUUGUGGGUGGGCAGUGAUUUCUGCAUUUGGAUUCUCCCAUAUUCAAGCACCCCCUAAACUGCUUCGGGUUCCCGCCGCUGCGAAGCCGGCAGCCCCUGCAAUCAAGCCCUCACCAAAAGCGCAGCUUCGAGAAACCAGGAAAUCAACUCGGUCGCGGAAAACUCCUACCAAGAAGGAGACAAAUCCGCAACAAGCCAACCAAAUCACGCCUGAAGUUCUUGCUAAAGUUCAGCAGCACCUUAUUCAGCGACGAAAAGAACAGCCAGAGCCGCCACGGGUAAGCUUUGUUCUCAUCUGGCUCGCUGCAACCUCCUUGUCGCUUGUCACAGCGCCGCUUGUUGAGCCUCGCUACUUCAUCAUUCCGUGGGUGAUGUGGCGCCUGCAUCUGCCGCCCACACCGUCCCUCGCCGUGUUCCGUCAACACCAUCCUGAAAAUGAAGAAGAAAGAGCCCGUGCUGAUGUUGUGACCAAUGCUCCAAAGUUCCUGGAAACGGUAUGGUUUGUCAUCAUCAAUGCGGUGACUGGAUAUGUUUUCCUUUACAAGGGCUUUGAAUGGCCCCAGGAGCCGGGCAAGAUCCAACGAUUCAUGUGGUAA